AUGAAAUUGACAGGCAAAUGUUUAGAACUAGAAGAAAAAUCACCUGAGUAUGGCCGCGGGGUUGCUGGAGGGUCGUGGGAGGCACGUCGGAGACAUGUGGGGGGGGGCAGCAGCUGCAGCCAGACUCCCAGCCGGGCCAUCCCCACUCGCUGCGUAGCCCUCGGCGACGGCGUGCAGCUCCCGCCCGGGGACUACAGCACCACUCCGGGCAGCACGCUCUUCAGCACCACUCCGGGAGGAACCAGGAUCAUCUAUGACCGGAAGUUCCUGAUGGAGUGUCGGAACUCACCUGUGGCCAAAACACCCCCGAAGGACCUGCCAGCCAUUCCUGGGGUCACUAGCCCGACCAGCGAUGAGCCUCCCAUGCAAGUCAGCCAGAGCCACCUGCACAGCCCUGAAGAAAAGCGGGCAGGCGGUGAAGAGUCACAGUUUGAGAUGGACAUUUAAGGGACCAGCCAUAGGAUGGAGUGAUGCCUCUGGGCCCCCGAGGCCCUUGGAAGGAAAGCCACAGCAGUCAGGCCUUAACACCAGGCAGAUGUUGGGUGUGGGCGACCCAGCCCUGCUCCUCACUCGGCCCUUGCUCCGCCUUCCAUUUUGUGAACACCAGCACAUACCUCCUUGUGCCUCUGAUGAUACUGAGCUGCUACUCCAGGGGGAUGAUUCUUGCCCACACCCUGCAUCCAGUGCCAGGAAGUGGACACAGAGGAACCCGUCAGGAUGACCGUCUGGCAAUUCCAGCCCCAGCCUCUGGAGCACACCCACCCUUUCCUUGGGCUGGGGUACCUGGGAAAGCUACCCUUUUUACUUCUUUCCCUGAGAGGAAAUAAAAGCCACCUUUACCCUAG